AUGAGCGAGCCACAGCUUGGUAGAAGAGUAUGCAUUCCCUUCGCGAAGCAGGGGUGUGACGCCCUCGAGGUGUUGGCGUCGGGAUGCUGCUUCCAGGACGUCGCUUCCUUCUCUCUGACGAGCCGCACGACCGCGGAGACUUCUUUCCACCAUUUCUGCGAGAAGUUCUCCGAGGGCCUCUGGGACACUUGGGUGAAACUCCUGCGCGGGGAUUCACUCAAGAAGGUCGAGGAGAUCUACCGCAAGUAUGGUUACCCGGGGGCGACGGGAUCUACGGACUGCACCCACUUCCGUUGGCCGGGCUGCCCGUUCUCCGAGAAGAACACCCACACCUGCAAGGAGGACUUACCCGGGGUCAUCGCACGGGACAAGUCCAUCUGGCGAAUACGAGAUGAGGAGCCGUGGAAGAGCUACAAGUUCAAGCUCUACAACGCCGACGGCACGGAGACGGAGUACACAGGGGCGUGGAUCAUCGUGGACGGGGGGUACCCGAAGUCCAUCUGGCGAAUACGAGAUGAGGAGCCGUGGAAGAGCUACAAGUUCAAGCUCUACAACGCCGACGGCACGGAGACGGAGUACACAGGGGCGUAG